AUGCCCGCGAGGGCUAUAGACAAUCAUCAAGACCUGCCGGUCAUCCUUCAUAAUGAUCAGCGGGGUCUCUUGACCAUAGAAGACGGGCGGCUAGACGUUCUCCAGCUGUCCAAGGAUGGCCGCCCGCCAAAGCGGCUCCUCACGUCCUCGGUGCGCAAUCUCCUCCGUGUACGGCUCGCCAGUACCCCGCACCAGAAGACAGGGCAUCACCGGCUCGACAUUCAUACCCUGCUCGAGAAGGGGAGCUCGCUCAGGCUGUCAACAAUGCACGUACUGGUCGAGGAGGCGAAUAUGAAGGAGGCACCAUUGUGGUUGGAGACAGCGAUGCGCGCGGCAUAUGCAGGUGUACAGCCCUUUCGAAGGGUGCUGCUCCUCGUUAAUCCCGUUAGCGGGAAGGGGAAGGCUAGAGCUACAGUCAAAGAGCAGGUCCUGCCUCUCUUGGAAGCUGCGGGGUGUAUCGUCGACCUGAAAGAAACGCAACAUAGGAACCAUGCUCUUGAGAUCGUCGAGUCCAUGUCGCUGGACUAUGAUGUAAUAGCGACGGCAUCAGGUGAUGGACUGGUGUACGAGGUCAUCAACGGUCUCGCGGCCCGCUCGGACGCCAAGAAGGCAAUGCGGAUACCCAUCGCCCCAAUACCUACCGGUUCCGCCAAUGCGCUCUGUAUCAACCUCUUCGGCGUCAAAGAUACCUUCAAUAUCCAGCUAGCAUGUCUAAAUCUCAUCAAGGGCGCACCACUACCUAUUGAUCUAGCCUCGGUCCUCUUUCUCCCUUCCAACCGCCGUCAACUCUGCUUCCUCGCCGUCGCCCUAGGCCUUAUGGUCGAUCUCGACAUCGGCACCGAACAUCUACGGUGGAUGGGCGACAUGCGUUUCGUCCUGGGGUUCAUCAAGGGCAUCGCGUCGAGCAAGAUUUUCAAGUGCCGCCUCAGGCUGAAGGUGGUGGAGGACGACAAGGUGGAAAUGGCCAGGAAAGCAAGAGAGGCUGCGAGGGCGGAUCUCAGGAUACUAGAGGUCCCUUUAGCCGGGGCGAAGGGGUUGGAUAAGGAACGAGACGGGGAUGAGGCGGCCAAGGAAGGGCCGUCGAGCGAGGGUGCUGUGAAGGCGGAAGAAACGGAUGCGGAGGGAGACGGUGAUGGUGAUACGGAGAGCUCGGUGGAACAUCCGGAAUGGACGGAUGAUGGGCCGCUGGACUGGGUGGAGCCGUUGCAGCCGGAUGACACAUGGCUGGUCAUCGAUAGUACGACAACGCGGACCGCUUCAAGACCACAUAUCACGCCAAAAGCGAGUGCGGACGGAGCAUGGCGGAAUGGUGAUGGGAUGCUGUACAUGUAUGCCGGACUGAUGCCCUGGGUAUCGCGAGAUCUGAAUCAAUGGCCAGUGGCGCGUCCAGGUGAGGGCAUGAUCGAUGUAGUCAUCCAGAGCAUUGUUCCUCGCUCGACACUAGUAGGGGCGAUUACCAGCGCCGAGACGGGCGGAGCAUACUGGCUCGAAUGUCAGCACUACUACAAGGUGUCGGCGUUUGUAGCAGAAAAUCUGGAUCCGAGGGCACAACCACACUUCACUAUAGAUGGUGAAGCCUUCGAGUUCUCCUCUUACCAUGUCGAGGUCUUACCGCGCGCGGCGAGGGUGUUGAGUCUGGAUGGGAGGUUCUUUGUUAGCGACUUCUUGAAGAAGCACGAUCAGAAGGAGUAG